UAUUAUGUUUCCUAGACGGACUCGAAUAAGCGCAACACCCGCGGUUUCCUAGCAACGAAAAAAACGCACCGAAGAUGGCGAAAUUUGUACUCGCUGGAAAAGCAGACUGUCCAUAUUAUGCCAAAGCAGAAUUAUUGGCAGACAAACUGCAGGGAUCUCUGCCGGACUUCAGGAUCCGAAAGAUCUGCUUAAUGCCAGAUGAAUGGGAGGAUUGGCUGGAGAACACCUGCAAAAGAAAUGGCUGGAAACACCUGGAGUCCCCUUUGAUCUGGAGGGAACUGGUGGUACAAGGUGGGAAAGGGAUGCUCUUAGGGGGCUUCAGUGACUUCAUGAAGCAUUGUCAGGACUACUAUGGCGUCACAUCAGACAUGCCUUGGGAUGAAAUGAUGAGUAUCGCAGCAGAGAAUUUGGAAGCAAAGAUGAAACUUGUUGAAGAGGAGCGGCAGCGUGCCAGCCUUAUAACACCCACCUUUCACAUAUGGAUCACUGGUGCUCUCAACCCAACCUGCCACUUCCUGAUCCCCAAUGUCACUGCUGAGGUGUUCCCCCACAUUUCUGCAAUCAGCCUGCACCUACUGGACCUGGAGGGGACUGAGGAGGAACUGAAGGGGCUGAAGAUGGAGAUGGAGGACCUGGCACUCCCUCUGCUCCAUCAAGUGAGCAUUCACACAGAUAUGAAAGAGGCCUUCGGAGGAGCAGAGGUGAUUGUGAUGCUGGAUGAGAGUUGGUCUGAUGCAGAGGAGGAGGAGAAGAAGAAAAAGGUAAAGAGAGUGUCAGACAGGUACAGAGAGUACGGACAGCUGAUCGACACCUUGGCCAAAAAGGAGGUGAAGGUGAUUGUCUCCGGUGACUCAUUGGUCAACCUGAGAUGCUCACUACUUUUGGACAACGCGCCUUCCAUUGACAGCCACCAAUUCGUCACCAUGGCAACUCAGCUGGAGAAUGAAGCCAAGGCCAUCAUUGCAAAGCAGCUGAAAGUCAAGACUUCAGAUGUUACAGAUGUUGUCGUGUGGGGAAACAUCAGUGGUAGUUUCUACGUUGACCUGCAGAGGGCAAAGGUUUUUAACUUUGAAGGGACAAUCAUAGGACCAGAUUGGUUUUCCCUACCAGUCCAAAACUUUCUCAAUAAGAAAUGGAUAGAAAAAGCCUUUCAAGACUUGGUACAGCGUCAGCGUGCAGCUGUGGCUUCAAAGACCUGCCGAGCUGCUGCCAUGACGACCGCCAAUGGCAUCCUCAGCGUCCUGAAGGCUUGGAGUGGCCUCUGUGGUCCAGAUGAGGUCUUUUCUUUGGGUGUACUUUGCAAAGGUGAAUACCAUCUCCCAGAUGGCAUCGUCUUUUCAAUGCCAGUCACUUUCAAAGAUGGGAAAUGGUCUGUGCUGCUUGACCUGACAGUUGGAGACAAGUUGAAGGAGAAACUUCAGAUUUCUGCAAGUGAACUCAAGCAGGAAAAAGGAACGAUGGAGUAAAGAAAUAGGAAGAAAGAAGAUACACUUCAAGUUAACUAAAAAAAACCAAAAAAAAACUUGCAUCAUAACAGCAGCAUCGAAGCCCCUUUCUGCAAAAAUAUUCUGGAAGUCAGUUCAAUGACAACUUUCUGGAAAGGACUCAAAAAAUGAGUAUGUUUUGAUAAAAUUUCACAUUAUUUUGAAAUCCUAUGCUCUUAUUCUGAUUCUCUCAUUACUAUGAGAUAUUAUUUUUGAGAAAAUUUCUCUUUAUUUUAUAAUGCUUAGUCUUUAUUUAGCAAUUUGAAGUCAUUAUGUCAGCUUUCUUAUUAUUUUCAGAUAUCAACUAAUUCUCAGAAUGGUUCACAUUUUUAGAGUUUUCAAUUUUCUAUAAUAAGUCAUUAUUUCAAGGUAGGUUUUCAUUCUAAUGACAUACAUGAUUUCUCAUCUCAUUCUUUUCUUUUAUGAGCAGAAAUAGGCUUCCAUUAAACACAGACUUCAAACCCAGUUUAGAAGUUAAAAGGUUAAAAAGAAAGAAUCCACAUAGAGUUCAGUGCCACAUCUCCAGUUUGUUUCAGUUUGUUCUUUUAUUCUCUUACUUUCACAUGUGGUGUUGCAGUUUUAUUUUACCAGUUUAAUGACAAUAAAUCUUUUCCGCUUUGUGAAACUCUUCCAUAGCCGUUAUAUUUUUUAGAUGUAAAAGAUCAAACUGAGUACUUUAUGGAAAAAGGAGAAAUUAGAAAAUAUAUUCCUUUUUUUAAAAUUGUACAGUUCAGUAAGUGCCUUUUUUAUAGUUCAAGAAGCGAUAUUUUAUUCAUAAAACACACUACUAACAUACACAAACUAGUCUGUUAAUAUCCUUCCUUAAAUCUGAUGUGAUCACUCGUCACCCAUUUCCAUUUACAGCUGGGCAACGUUUCUUCCUUCUGUUGGUAAUUAAAUAUCAAACAAACUGAAUUUAAUGGGCUCUUUUUACCUGAAACAUU